CGAACCAUCAAAUCUUUUCCUCGCAAACACAAGAACACAACAUUUGUAAAUAUAGUUCAAAAUUUUCAGUUACACACAUCCAAAACCAAUUAAAUCCUCUGAAUCCAUACCAAAAUCCCUCACAUUUUUCAAACCCAAACUGUAAUAAAAAAAGUUUUAGAACCCAAUCAUAGAUUAAACAGAAAAUAGAAACAAACCAAAGAGAGAAAAACAGCACCAUUGUUCAUCUCUCCUCUAAAAACAAAAAAUAACAGAGAAAACUCAAACAAACAAGAUCAAAGAGGGGGUUUUGUAGCUUGGGUUCAAGAACACACUUGCUCUUGGUAUGAACAGUCUUGAGCCAAUCAAUCCGAAUAAAAUUUUCAUAUUCGCACAAAUCUUAAAAAAUAUUUACAAAAAUCCUACACUUGAAAGUGUUGUACUCUAAUUUCACAAAAAUCCUUUCAGUCAUUCACAAAAAUCAUACACAACUUCGUUCUCUCUCAAAUCUCAAACCAAAACCAAAGCAAACCCCUCUUCAAAACCCAGACCCACUACACCCACAGCAAAGAAAAUAAGAUAGCAGAGAGAGAGAGGCGGAUCGAAGUCACAGUCGCUGGAGAGGGAACCGUCUGAGCCGAUGCAGUCGUUGGAGAUGAAGUGAACCAAGACACCCAUGACCUCUUCGAAGUCACUCUCAAGUCCAACCAUAUCUAGACCCUCGUCACCCAUACUCCCCAAAUGGUCGACUCCUGGCUCUUCGACAUCUACCGCAUCCACCACCGCCGUCUCCACCGCCUCAUCGUCGGCCUCGACGUCGAGUGGCGACCCAGUUUCAACCACAACAUCGAAAACCCAGUUGCCACUCUCCAACUUUGCGUGGGUCGACGCUGCCUCAUCUUCCAACUCAUCUACGCCACUCACUUCCCCAACUCGCUCAUCGAGUUUCUCAGCGAUGAGGAUUUCACUUUUGUUAGAGUUGGGGUUGAGGGUGAUGUGGAGAAACUGUUGGAUGAUUAUGAUUUGAAAGUUGGGAAUGUGGUUGACCUUCGCGGACUCGCUGUGGACUGGUUGGGGAACAGGGAUUUGAAGAACGCUGGGUUGAACGGUUUGGCUCGAGCUGUGCUGGGACUCAAGGUACAUAAGUCGAGGCAUGUAACUUUGAGUAGUUGGAGGUCCACGGAGGUUGAGAGAUGAGAGAGAGAGAGAUGACACGGUUGUUGUUGCAUAGAGACACAAAACCCCAUAUUCCAAGCUCUUUAGAAAAAAUUCAAACCCUAACUCUUUGAUUCAUGUUAUGUUGUGUUUUGGUUGUAAAAGUUGUUUUCUAACGGAAAAGCCAAAGGUGGGUAACGGAUGGGUAACGAAUUGAAGUACAGGUGGGUAAAGUGAUAAGUUUUGAACCACGGGUA